AUGGCACACCCCCACCCGCCCUUGUCACCUUUCGAUCCGACUAGCCGCUACUUCGGCUUCCCUCCCUCGACAAACCCAGCCCAAGACCUUCUUCCACCACCUCAGCCCGCCGACAACACCAACCCGGACAGCCAUAGCCAGCCUGCGACCCAGAAUCUAGACCGCCUCCUCGACCCUCUAACCAUACCACCCGCCAUCCCGCCGUUGCCAGCCAUGUCGUCUCACGACCAGCCGCCAGCUCCGCCCGCGGAGACCGAAGGAGAGGGGGAAGACCACGCUGACCCUGCAGACCCAGAAGAACAACUCCACGACGAGUCACACUCCGACAGCGAAGACGAAGAAGAGCCACCGGAGCAGUUCCACUGGCAGCCCAUCGAAGAAGACAAGAGCGAGCCGAGCGAAGACGAGCUGGCGUACAUCGCCUCGCAGACCGAGCACAGCGCUACGGAUCAACAGUACUGGGAGAAGAAGACGUUCUUUGAGCUGAACGAUCCCGAGCUCGUGCCUGGUGAGAGCGGGAAGAUUGACUGGUUGGUGGAGAAUUUCAACGGCACGAAGGAGAACCCGAAUAAGGAGGUUGUUAUGAGGAGUCCGGUGGUGAGUGUUGGUGGUUAUGACUGGCGGAUCAAGUUCUAUCCGAGGGGUAAUGACACCGACUAUCUGAGUCUCUACCUCGAGUGUGUGAGCAUGCAGGCGGACGACUAUGAAGGGAGUGAAGACUUCAGCGACGUCGCUCUGCCGUUCCUGAGCGAGGGCGAUAAGCUGAAGAAGCAGCGAGCGGUGGCAGCACAACUCUCGAUUGUCAUGUACAAUCCAGCGGAACCGCGCACCUACGAGUACCACCGCGACGCCCACAAGUUCACCAAAAGCAACGCCGACUACGGCUGGACACGCUUCUCCCACUUCACCCGCCGCGAUUUCCACAUCCGCAGACACACCCAACAGCGUCGAGCCAUCCUCCGCGACGACAAACUCGCCUUCGCAGCCUACAUCCGCAUUGUCGACGACCCCACCGGCUGCCUCUGGGCCCACGGCACCGGCGUCUUCGCCGAAAGCGUCACCCUCACCGGCCUUCGCCCCUUUACACCGCAAAUGCCCAUGUUCGCCGCUGAACUCCCACUCCUCCACUUCGCGCCCUUCCGCAAGUUUAUCUCGGGAUGCAAGAACAGCACCAGGAUAGUGUUCUGGAUGCAGACGUUGCUCUACAAGAUGCUGUCGCGGAAGAGCUCGACGAGCUACGGCGGGGCGGGGGAGGCGUGCGUGCAGAGCGAUACGGUGGCGUGGUUGCGCUUUCUGGCGAAGUGUUUGCGGAAGGAGACGAGUCCAGCGGCUGUGACGGAGUUGGUGGGGAGUUUGGAUCCGGAGAGAGGGGCGGCUGUGAGCUAUAAUCGGUUGAAGACGAAGAAGCAUGCUUCUGUGCAGGCGGCGGUUGAUGCUCACACGACUGAGAUCGAGAAGCCUCUUUUACUCACACUGGAGCUCGAGCGGCAGGAGUUCGACCGCGAGAAGCGCCGCUGGGAGAAACUAACCAACAAGGUCGAAAUGCAAGACGAGAUCACCGUGUCCGGGACAUCCUACACCCUCUACUCCUUCGCCACCCACAGCGGCGAUCUCGAAUCCAUGAAAUUCAACUCCUACAUCCGUCCGAACGGCCCUUCGCGCCCCUGGUACCGCUACUCCGCCGGCAGCGUCACGUGCAUGACGCACAAGCAGGCCGUGGGCAAGCACAGCGGGUACGACGAGCCGCCGUCGCCGAUCAAGCAUAAGCGCCCUUCGCACCGCAGCCAUUACGCUGGAAUGCGCGAGUUGUACCGCCAGGAGGAGGUAAAUGAGGUCGCGCAUGUGGUUAUGUAUGUGCGGGAGGAUUUUGUGGGGUCGUUGACGGCUUUGCCGACGGUGGAGGAGUGGGUGGUGCCGAGGAAUGUGGUGCAGGGGAUUCCGCCUUCGUUGAAGGGCGUGGUGGAUGAUGUCCCGCCCGCGACGGCGGUGUAUGAGCGGUUUUCGGAGCUGGAGGAACCUCCGCCUGAAGAGGCUCCUGUGGUUACUGAGCCGCCACCUCCACCACCGGCGUCCGAUGAGCAGGUCCCUCCGCCUCUUGAAGACGUCGCCAGCCGUCGUCCCAGCCUCUCCGUCGACGCCGGCUCCGCGACACCUAAUUGUUGGUUGAUGGACGGCGAAGACGUCGUCAUGUCCGACGCCGACUCCGACGCCGCAUCUGUCUUCACCCCGGACACCAACCCCACCACCUCCCUCACCACCGCCGACGCCAACCCCCAAGACGAAAAACCCGAACUCACAACCAUCGACCUCCUCGGCCGCGAAUACUACCACGGCCCCUUACUCCACGGCCUCUACCACGGCCCCAACGCCCACCUGAUCUCCAUGAACGGCGACGAGUACCGCGGCGCCUUUCUUUCCGGCCAAAAGUCCGGGCAGGGCACUCUAACCUACGCCAGGAGCGGCGACACCUACACCGGCACCUUCGCCUCGGACCUCCGCUCCGGCACGGGCACGCUCGUGGAAAAAGCCUCCGGCAACGUCUACACCGGCGGCUGGGCGGACGACAAAAGACACGGGGAGUUUGUGCUCAAGGGGACGAUGACGGAUGAUGAUAAGGGCGUUUGUAGCGGUUGUGGGAAGGCUGGAGUUGUUUGGGGUUAG